AUGGCCGAAGGGACGCCGGGGACAGCGGUGCCAGCCAUGCCACCAGUACCACCCCCAGUGCCUGAUGCCCCCCUGGACGGCAGCAGUGACGACGCUCAGGCUAUGGGACUGGCACCAGUGACCAUCCUACGCCAGAUUGUGGCUGCCUGCACCUACCCUGAGCUGCUGGAGGACCUUGCAGUGCCUGAGGGUGCCCGGUGCCGGGCACGGAGAAUCCUGCAGGAGAUGGAAGCUGGCAACAUUGGAGGGUACAACCACGAGCAUCGGGCACUGGGUGUGCCAAGGCGGGUGGCACAGUUCCUCCAGCGCCGUGAUGGUGGUGUCCCCCGUGACCCCCACAGCAUGGUCCUCACCAGCGGCACCUCCAGCAUCCUCCCGUUCGUGAUGUCCCUGCUGGUGGAUGAGACCUCAGCGUGUCCAUCCGGGGUGCUGGUGCCAGUGCCAGCUCCCCCAGUCCACGCUGGGGCCGCGGGGCUGGCAGGGGCGGUGGCCGUGCCCUACGCGCUGGCCGAGGAGCAGGGCUGGGCUGUGGACGUGGGCAUGGUGAGGCAGGAGCUGCGGCGGGCACGGGCCAGGUGCCACCCCAAGGUGCUCUGCGUGGUCAACCCUGGUGACCCCACAGGGCACGUGCUGAGCCGUCAGAACAUGGUGGACAUCAUCCAGCUGGUGGCUGAUGAGAACCUCCUGCAGCUGGCAGAUGAGGUGGGUGCUGGUGGUGGCUGCUGGGGGGUGGCUUUGGCCUUCACCUUGUCUUCUCCUGACCUCUGGGUGCCACAGGACCGAGCCUUCGACGCUGACCACCCGUUUGUGUCCUUCAAGAGGGUGCUGUGGGAGAUGGGUGCCCCCUUCUGCUCCACUGUCCAGGUCAUCUCCUUCUACUUCCUCUCCAAGAGCAUUGCUGGCAAUGGUUUCCGUGUGGGGUUCCUGGAGCUGGUGCACGUGGAGCAGGCUGUGGUGAGACCCUUCCAGGUGGCACAGUCCAUCCCCCGGCCCUGCGUCCUGGGAAGGAUCCUGCUGGACAUCCUCAUGGAGCCUCCUGAUAAAGGGGAUCCCAUCCAGCAGGCCCUGGAGGAGCCUGGCCAGGGGGGUGCCCGUGCCUGCCCCCGGCUCCAGCUGCCACCCCGCGCCCUGCGCCAGGCCCAGGAGCUGGGCCUGGAGCCUGAUGUCUUCUUCUGCCAGCAGCUGCUGGGGGCCACCGGGGUGCUGCUGGCCCCGGGGAGCGAGUUCGGGCAGCCCUCGGGCACCCAGCACGUGGUGGUGUCACUGCUGCCACCAGCUGCCACACUGAAGCGGAUUCUUUUGGCCCUCACCCACUUCCAUGCCACCUUCAUCCAAGCCUUCUCCUGA